CUGACUUCGUUUCAGUCACGUGAUAAUACUGCUUCCGGUUGGACGUUGUCAUAUAUGAAAUCGUGCAGGAAUGGAAACUGAUACUGACCUCUUCUAGAGAAACUGCUAUCUAAAGUUAAAAUGCUGCCAUCUUCCUGCGAUACCUUUGUUGCUCUACCUCCUUCAACUGAAGGGCCAUACAUCAUCUUUGGGAAAAACUCAGACAGACCCAGUGAUGAAGUGCAGGAGGUUGUGUAUUUUCCUGCCAAAGAUUAUGCAGCAGAGGAGAAAGUUGAGUGUACAUAUAUAGAGAUUGAGCAGGUUGCCCACACUUAUGCAGUCGUGUUGAGCAAACCGGCAUGGUUAUGGGGAGCUGAGAUGGGAGCAAAUGAACAUCAAGUGUGCAUUGGAAAUGAGGCAGUGUGGGGCAGAGAGAGUGCUGAUGGUGAAGAAGCUCUUCUUGGUAUGGAUCUAGUCAGGCUUGGACUUGAAAGAGCUGAUACAGCUGAGAAAGCUGUGACUGUUAUAACUGAGCUGCUGGAGAAGUACGGUCAGGGAGGAUCAUGCUUGGAGGAUGAAUGUAGCUUCACCUAUCACAACAGCUUCCUCAUAUCAGACAGGGUUGAGGCUUGGCUGUUGGAAACAUCUGGGACGUACUGGGCAGCAGAGAAAAUUCAAGGUGGAAAUCGCAACAUCUCAAACCAGUAUUGCAUUACCACCAAGAUCGACAAGGAGCAUCCAGGAAUGCGGGAGUAUGCCCGAAGCAAUGGCUGGUGGGACGGAAAGACUGGGUUCAACUUUGCCACAGUCUACUCCUAUUUGACCACAGCCAGAAUCGAGUCUGCUGGAAGCCGAUACUGUGAGGGAAAGAAACUGUUGGAACAAAGGAACGGUCACAUCACUGCAGAAGUUAUGAUGCAAAUCCUGAGGGAUAAAGACAGUGGCAUAAACAUGGAGGGAAUGUUCAUGACAACAGGAAGUAUGGUGUCUGUGGUCCCCACUGAUCCGGCUCUUCCAGCGGUUCACUAUUUCACUGGAACUCCAGAUCCUGAAAGGUCUGUAUUUAAACCAUUCAUCUUCGUGGAAAAUGCUCAUCUACUGAAGGAGACUUCCUCCCCCAGAUUUGGUCCAGAUGAUCCUGUAAAAAAGAAACCUCGCUUUCAGAGCAAGCCUGACCGAAAACACCCACUGUUUGUCAAACAUGAACUGGUGGCUGCCAUCAUUGACACCCACAAGGACAGAGGACAGAAGAUCAUAGAAGGCAUGAGGCAGCUGGAGAAGGAAAGCUUGAAAGAAAUGGAGGGAAUCUUGUCACGCAGCGUUGAUGAGCCGGACCUUCUGGUGGACCUUUUCUCCCUGUCUGUUCAGAAGGAGAUUUCUCUGUACAGCAAAAGUUGAGCUUUUUAACAUGACAUAAGCAUGACCUAAACUGUAUGUAGCUUCAUAUUUUAGCUUUGAGUUAAAGUUCGAUCAAAAUAAAAUAAAAAAAUCUGUAAAACCUAAACACAAUUUUGAAUAAAAACAACAAAUUUAAGUAAGUCUUA